AACAGUGCGGUUUGUUUGAUUCAUGUCUCUGUUGCAGGAAAGAUGAACUGUCGAGACAAUAUUAAUGACGGAAUGCAAUUUUACUCAAAUAGUGUAUUUAUUUACCUACUGAAGCGCAAGUGCGAUCCACUUGAUGAAUAAUGAUUUUACAUCAGGCAUCAUGCUGGCUAGCUGUGCGGUGCUUAAGACCCAUCGGCCUGAUCGUUGAUCGGCUGCUCCUCCUGGUGAACCGCAGUCACCGGCAGCGCGCAGCUUUGAGCGCCUCUUAACGGGUUUAGCGGCAACGGUGAUUAUUCCUGGAUUAAAGAGAAACCAGUUGCCGCGGGACUGGGAGCUAAGCCCUUAUUGUGGAAGUUUAGCGCAACUUCACCGCAGAAGAAGAGUAGACAGCUGGGAGCGGAGCGGACCUCCAGCCGCUGGUGAUGGACUAGAGGAGCGGAGCGGAGCCAGGCGCGAGGCCUGCGGACAACUGACGUUAGCUAGCCGAGCUAGCUGACGGGAAGCUAACGCUCUAUCCUUGUUUAGGCUGCUGUGCUAACGGACUAGCUGCGAUUUUUGUUAGCAUAACAAUUAGCCAAGCAGGGUUGCUGCUGGCUUGUUUUGGCCUCGAUAGGAAAGAGGAACCUGCUGGGGUCCACUACAUUUCCACGUUUCCAGAACUUUCUCGAAGUUUUAAGUUAAUUUCUCAGCUAACGGUGUAUUGUAAGGAAGCUAGCGAGCUAACUUACGUCUUUGUCAUACAAAGUUGAGGUUUUUAUUUGAGCUGAGGGAUGAUUUUUGUAUUAUUUUUAAUCCGUUUUUAAACAAGGGGUUGCAUGUUGAUGCUCCAACAUCAGUUAGACACAGUCCAGCCCACACAGUCUCUCUGCCCCUCCACGGGACUACAGUUCACACCGACCACAGUCUCCUGUCUUCGGCCGGCUCCAGUGGCUGGCCACACGGCACUGAGUGCCCAAUGGAGGAUCAUGACAACAUGGACUAUUUUUACCAGCAGGUAUUGCAGAAAGAUGUCACCCGCAGGUUGCAGGUCGGUCAGGACCUCAUUGACUACCUGAGUGACCCACAACGCUCCGCGGACGUGGAGCAGGACAAACCCCGGCUGGAUAAGACCAUAGACGAGCUGACGGGAUGGGUGAACUCCAGCAAUUUCAAGGUGGCAUUGUUGGGGAUAGACAUCUGUGGUGCAUUUGUUGACCGCAUAGGAGAGCGGUUCAAAGGAUAUCUGGGCACAGUCGUGCCAGCUUUGGUGGACAGGCUGGGCGAUGGAAAGGACCAGGUCAGGGAGAACAGCCAAGCUCUCAUCCUGCGCUGUAUGGAGCAGACUGCCUCGCCCAUGUACGUUUGGGAAAGGCUACUUCCUGGUUUUAAACACAAGAACUUCCGCAGUCGAGAAGGAAUCUGCCUCUGUCUCAGUGCCACGCUCAGCACGUAUGGAGCUCAGUCACUGAGCCUCAGUAAACUAGUUCCUCAUCUCUGCUCUCUGACUGCAGACCAGAACCCACAGGUACGUGAGGCUUCCAUAACAGCAUUGGUGGAUGUUUAUCGUCACGUUGGCGAGAGGGUCCGAGCAGACCUGGCAAAGAGAGGACUACCUGCUGCACGGUUACAGACGUUAUUCACUCGUUUUGAUGAAGCCUUGAGUUCAGGCAACAUGGCUCUCAGCCCGAGUCACGAUCGCAGUUUUGAAGAUGAUGACAGUGUGGAUGGGAGUCGUUCUUCGUCAGCCCAGGCUGCCUUCAAGGUCCCAAAAGUUCCCAAGAAGCCGGAGUCCGCUGCACGCCGGCCCAGCGCUACCGGUGGCAAGCUUGUAUCCAAGGAAAGUGCCGGGGGAGUUGAUGAAGAUGACUUUAUUAGAGCCUUCACAGAUGUCCCCACUGUCCAGAUUUACUCAGCGAGGGAUCUUGAAGACAACCUGAACAAAAUCCGUGAGAUCUGCUCCGAUGAUAAACACGACUGGGACCAGAGAGCCAACGCGAUGAAGAAGAUCCGCUCACUGUUGGUGGCAGGCGCAACCACCUAUGACUGUUUCUACCAGCACCUACGGCUACUGGAUGGAGCCUUCAAACUUUCAGCUAAAGACCUGCGUUCACAAGUCGUCCGAGAGGCCUGCAUCACUGUGGCCCACCUUUCAUCUGUGCUGGGAAAUAAAUUUGACCAUGGAGCGGAAGCUAUUGUUCCUGUCCUGUUCAACCUCAUCCCGAACUGUGCCAAAGUCAUGGCCUCCUCCGGUGUGAUGGCUAUCCGCAUCAUCAUACGGCACACCCACGUCCCGAGGCUCAUCCCCCUGAUAACCAGUAACUGCACAUCCAAGUCUAUUUCUGUUAGAAGGCGCUGUUAUGAUUUCCUGGACCUUCUGCUACAGGAAUGGCAAACCCACUCUCUAGAGAGGCACACAGCAGUUCUGGUGGAGAGCAUCAAGAAGGGAAUUCGAGAUGCAGAUUCAGAGGCGAGAGUGGAGGCCCGAAAGGCGUACUGGGGUCUGAGGAACCACUUUCCCACGGAGUCUGACGCUCUCUAUAACUCCUUGGAGUCAUCGUACCAGAGGACCCUUCAGUCCUGCCUGAAGAGCUCUGGCAGCGUGGCCUCACUUCCCCAGAGUGACCGCUCCUCAUCCUCCUCUCAAGAGAGCCUCAAUCGGCCUCUGACUUCAAAAUGGUCAGCAGGUCCACAGCGAGUCCCUGUGGGUUCAAAGAGUGGGGUGUCAUCGACCUCCCUGCAGCGUUCCCGUAGCGACGUGGAUGUAAAUGCAGCAGCACUCGCUAAGCACCGGCACGUCGGACAGACCAGGGGAGCAGGGCGUCUGCCCCCUGGCUCCUACUCCUCACUGGAUGAUGCCUCUGAUAAAACGGAUGGCCGUGUACGUACCAAGCAGCCCUUGUCCACUGCCAGCAGCAUGUCCAGCCAAGUGGACUCACGAGGACGCAGCCGCACCAAGAUGGUCUCCCAGUCACAACGUUCCGACGAAUCCGAUUGCACACCAGGAUCUCAGUCUGCUACCCCUGUUGGUGCUGGCAGUCGGAGUGGCUCCCCAGGUCGCGUGCUGGCGAAUACGGCCCUGAGCACCAUGAGCUCAGGGGCCCACAGGGUGCUGGCUGGGUCCAGCGCGGACAAAAACAGGCGAAGCCGCAUCCCCCGCAGCCAGGGCUGCUCCAGAGACUCCUCCCCCACCCGUCUGUCUGUUGCUCCUUCCAGCAUUAGUUCCAUCUACAACGGAGCGAGCAGAGGAGCUCGGGGCAGUCGUAUCCCUCGGCCCAGUAUGAGUCAGGGCUGCAGCAGAGAGGCCAGCAGGGAGAGCAGCCGGGACACCAGCCCCGUUCGCUCCUUCACACCUCUUGCAACGCGGAGCUACUCUCGCUCCACCGGAGCUCUCCACACACCUGAUGUUUUUGGGGCUGCAGGAUCAGGUUUUGGUAUCAGUCAGUCCAGUCGUCUCUCUUCUUCAGUCAGCGCCAUGCGGGUCCUCAACACAGGCUCAGACGUAGAAGAGGCCCUCGCAGAUGCACUGCUGUUGGGAGACAUGCGGUCCAAGAAGAAGCCAGCAAGGCGGCGGUACGACAACUACGGCAUGUACUCUGACGAUGACGCCAACAGCGACGCAUCCAGCGCCUGCUCAGAGCGAUCCUACAGCUCCAGGAACGGAGGAGCCAUCCCCACCUACAUGAGACAGACUGAAGACGUAGCUGAGGUGCUGAACCGCUGUGCCAGUGCCAACUGGUCGGAGAGGAAGGAGGGGCUGUUGGGCCUACAGGCGCUGCUCAAGAACCAACGCACCCUCAGUCGGGUAGAGUUGAAGAGGCUUUGUGAGAUCUUCACAAGGAUGUUUGCAGACCCUCACAGUAAGCGAGACUCCGGCAGGGUGUACGGCACGGCAGAAUCCGGUAUAAGCUCAGCCUCCUUCAAGAGAGUGUUUAGCAUGUUCCUGGAAACACUGGUAGAUUUCAUCCUGGUCCAUAAGGAAGAUCUGCAGGACUGGCUGUUCGUCCUGCUCACACAGCUGCUGAAGAAGAUGGGAGCGGACCUGCUCGGCUCCGUACAGGCCAAAGUCCAGAGAGCACUAGAUGUCACACGAGAGUCUUUCCCCAAUGACUUGCAGUUUACUAUUCUCAUGAGGUUCACUGUGGACCAGACACAGACGCCCAACCUCAAGGUGAAGGUGGCUAUACUGAAGUACAUCGAGACGCUGACGUUACAGAUGGAAGCUCCAGACUUUGUGAACUCCAGUGAGACUCGUCUGGCCAUCUCCCGCAUCAUCACCUGGACGACUGAACCCAAGAGCUCUGACGUCAGAAAGGCAGCCCAGUCGGUGUUGAUCGCACUGUUCCAGCUCAACACUCCAGAGUUCACCAUGCUGCUGGCAGCUCUGCCCAAAACCUUUCAGGACGGAGCCACCAAGCUGCUUCAAAACCAUCUGAAGAACACAGGCAACGCAGCACAGGCACCAAUGGGCAGCCCUCUGACACGCCACACACCCAGAUCUCCAGCGAGCUGGUCCAGCCCCGUUACAUCCCCCACCAACACCUCCCAGAACACCCCCUCACCAAGUGCAUUUGACUAUGACACAGAGAACAUGAACUCAGAGGACAUCUAUAGCUCGCUGAAAGGUGUCACUGAGGCGAUCCAGAACUUCAGUGUCCGCAGCCAAGAGGACAUGAAUGAACCACUCCACCGGCGGGAGGGAGAGGAGGGAGACAGCGGGACAGACUUUGUGGACGGAGGCCGCAUGGCUCUGGACAACAAGACGUCCCUCCUCAACACCCCCCUGCUGUCCUCCAGCCCUCGAGGGGCCCGCGAGCACUUCUUAGACUCUCCCUUCAAACACAGCCGCAAAGACACCAGCAUGGACGACUCUGAGCAACUCACAGACGACAGCAGCCUGGACCAGUCGGAGCUGGUGGCCGAGCUGCUGAAGGAGUUGUCCAAUCACAACGAGCGCAUCGAGGAGAGGAAGGCAGCGCUGUGCGAGCUGCUGAAACUGAUCCGAGAGAACACCCUGCAGGUGUGGGACGAACAUUUCAAAACCAUCCUGUUGCUCCUGCUGGAAACGAUGGGUGACAGAGAGCAUGUGAUCCGGACGCUGGCUCUGCGGGUGCUGAGGGAGAUUCUCAGCAAGCAGCCAUGGAGGUUCAAAAACUACGCAGAGCUCACCAUCAUGAAGGCCCUGGAGGCUCACAAAGACCCCCACAAGGAGGUGGUACGAGCAGCAGAGGAGACGGCGGCCAUGUUGGCGUUGUCCAUCAGUCCAGACCAGUGCGUCAAGGUGUUGUGUCCCAUCAUCCAGUCAGCUGAUUACCCCAUCAACCUGGCUGCCAUCAAGAUGCAGACUAAAGUGGUGGAGAGAGUUCCCCGCGAGGGCCUGAUGAGCCUGCUGCCGGAGAUCGUACCAGGACUCAUACAGGGUUACGACAACUCUGAGAGCAGCGUGAGGAAAGCCUGUGUGUUCUGUUUGGUGGCCAUUUACGCAGUGAUCGGAGAGGACCUCAAACCGCACCUCAGUCAACUCUCCAGCAGCAAGCUGAAGCUGUUGAAUCUUUACAUCAAGCGCGCCCAGUCCGGCUCCGGCGGCAGUGAAGCCCCGUCUGAUGGCCUAUAGGAGACACAGCGCCCUCCCACAGGGCAACCACAGAACUGCAGCUCUGCCCACCAAACAUAAACAUCAGUUCAUGAGCUCACACCCACACAGAGCGAGAACACACACACACACACACACACACAGAUACACACACACAGAUUCACACAGUCCUCAUACAUUUCCUUUCCCACUACAAGAUGGGAGUUGUGGUGCAGAAGAGAGGAGUGUUGUAGUUCUCCUGACCAUCGACCCUGAUCUCAGACUGAACUGAACCCUUAAAUUUGGAUUAAACCGAUAACACGCAUUCAGUCACGCCCAGGCUUGUCACUAAUCACUCAAGGAUGAAGAUCUGAAAUGUCCUUCUUUUAUCCCGAACACUACAGUAUCCCCUGUGAAUAACAUCUUGAUGUCAACAGGAAGUGCAUGGUUCUCAUUUUUAAGGGGGUUGGGUUCACAGAACAGGGCUGAGACGAACGAAUGGUGCCGUCUUGUGUCUUUCUUGAACAGUGAGUAACUGGGGCCAGCUAGACAGGAAUGUAAAUUUACACUGUGUCAUAGUUUGGAUUUAUUUUACGCGGAGUUUUCUCUCUCUCUCUCUCACAUAAACACACACUUUUCUCUCGUUCAAAAUGGUGCUGAUUCGCCUAAAAGGUACGACCAACCAACCGUGCACAGCACUAACACGAGUCACAUGCCUGCUCAUAGUGAAUACAGUACAGAGGCAGAUCCAAAGUAUCGGAGGUGUUAUGUGCUUGGCUAUGCAUGAGACUAAAUUUUAAGUUUUUAUUGGAGUCCUAACGACGAUUGGAGUGUCGUGUGACUGGAGUUUUAAAUUAACGUGAACAAUGUCCGCCCCUUUUAGUAAAAUUCAUGGCAUCCUCCGCUUCUCCCAGCUCAUCUUGGAUCGGUCCACUUCUGGGCAACAUGGGGUUGAAGAUGAGUGCGUGCUGCUUACUACAUGAAGUAUGACAGGACAUGGCUUAUUAUCACAUAGUGGAUAUGUAUCUAUAUAUGAUAUUAAAAUGGAAUAUCCAAUAACUGUCAUUUAGGAGAUUUCCCUGGGGGAGGUGCACACGCGCACCUUUGCCCAUCCUUGUUAUUAUUUUCUCUCUCUCUCCCUCUCUCUGUUGCGCUAGCCGUAGUCUCUCUCUCACACGUUUUCUCUGCUGAUAAAUUUUUAGAAAUGUAUUAUUUACAGCUCUGAAAAAAAACAAUUGUCACCCUUUUUUCUCUUCUCCUCUCCAUCGUGUCUUUCUUUCCUUCCUCUUGUAACAUUCUAGUUUUCACUGUUGUGUUUCCUCCGUGCAUUUACAAAGCUGUGCUUACAUUACAAUAAAGAACUUGUACAGAUCAUGAUAA